AUGCGGGUGGAGCACGGAGGGUCGCCGACAGUGUCAGCCACUCAUGGCGUCGCCUCGCCACGCCGGUCGGUGAUGCCGCGACGGUCUUCCUCGCCGGUGUACUCGCCGAUCCACACGCCGGUCCGCUCUGCUUCGCCCACGUACUCGCCGGCGACGCCGCAGUACACCCCAACGCCCCUGGAGCCGCCAGGCUUCGAGCUCCCGCGCACCAGGGCCGCGCGCCGGGGCGCCCUCCCGUUCUACGACGAGGGGGAGAGCUCCUACGUCGCCGAUGAGGUCGUCUUCGAUGAGCCGGAGCUCGCCCCUCCACCCGCACCUCAGGCGCCGGCGGCUGUCGACGAGCUCGGCAUCGCCGAGCCGGCCAUGGCGCCUCCGCUCCCAAUCCUGCCUCCACCCCCUGUCCCUGCAUGUCGCAACGCGACGGCGGCAGCGAACCGCCGCCCUGGGCUGCGCAGGUUCAUCCCGACCGGGCAUGUCCCAGCCGGGGCGACUUCACGCGGCCUUGAGGGGCGCCCACCUCGCUCCGGCGAGGGGGAGGCCUAG